GGAUAUCCUUACUGCCCGCGGUACCCUCAAAAGACCGAUUGUCAAGGUCGUUCUCCUGCCAGUAGAACCCCGUAGUUCCAUCCAACAAUAACUUCCAUCCUCAUCCAGACAUGGCCCCACGGAUCCGCGCCAGCCGCACCACGGAGAGCCGGCGUGAUCGAGGGAUCAACUCGUACCGUUGCCGGGUCUGCCGAGGAAUUCAUCCGCUACGGACCUGUCACCAUUUCCUUCGCCUGAGCCCUGAGAAGAGACUCCGAGCUGUCCUCAUUAACAAAUAUUGCGGGAACUGCCUGGCCCACCAACACUCCGGCCAGGAUUGUCGCAGUGGCGGGCAUGCCGGGUGUGUGGCAAAAACCACCACACUCUACUCCACAUACCCUCGUCUCGUCGUCCAGUCCGCUCGGCCUCAGGAGCAUCGUCGCCAUCUACAGCGCCCCACGUCAAACGCCGACCUCGGCGUCCAGCCCGCUCAGCCUCGACUGCAUCACGUGAGCCGCCCCGUGGCAGGGCCCCCGGCACCAUCCGUCGACUCACUUCUACAACAUCGAAGCCUCAUCAUACUCCCGACGGCGCUGGUGGUCUUGGAUACGGGUUCCAAAAACUUCGAGACGGCGGCGCUCAUCGACCCAUGCACGCCGGUGAGCUGUAUUGACGACUCCUUGGCCAGCGCCUUCAAGUUGCCCACCACUUGUGUGGGGGACGAGAAAGUGUGUACGGCGGUGAUCCGCGCCAAAAUGGGCGACUUCCAGUUGGAGACGCUGCUCAAGGUCGAGCCCCGUGUGCGCAUCCGCACGCCUAUCCGACAGCUGAGCGAUUCCGUGCGGGCGCGUUUCGGUGACCUGAGGCUUGCCGAUGAACAAUUCCAUCGACCGGCGACAAUCUCGCUCAUCUUGGGAGCAGAUGUCUACCCGAAGGUGAUCCAGCCCGGGUUCCUUGCGCGUGAGGACGGCCUGCCGGUGGCCCAGAGCACCGUUUUUGGCCGUUUAGGCCACCCCAUUAUACUUUGCAAUCCUGCAAGGGGGGGGGAGGAUGUUCAGGCCAGCAAUAGACAGUUUCCGCGCACUGUGCCGGCUCCGCGCGCCUCGGUCCCGGCUCGCGCUCGCGCGCUCGGAGGGGCGCUCGGAUCCACAAUCCACGAUCCACACGGCGCUCACCGCAGCAUAAAGGCAGCAUAAAGCAUAGAUCAUAAGGCAUUGAGAGUCAGUUACGUUUUCCACCCCGUUACAAGCUGCCGUCGCACAUACGCGCGUCUACAAUUCACACACCUAUACGCAAAUACAUGGAAUACAUUUAUUGAAACCGAA